AUGGGCGUCUUGCUCGUCUUGUUCUCCCUGCUGGUGCCCGCGCUUGUGGCCGCUCUCUUUGUGCCCGCAGCCCUACGCUUCGCUGCGGAACUAGUGGGACAACACCUUCGGCGAUCCUCCCGCACACGGCGAGAGCUGCUACUGGCCAGGGUAGCAAGCGAAACCAAGACUCAUGAGACAGAACAGAGGAAAAGCAACAAGGACGACGAUGACUGGGAAGAGGUUGGAACCACGCCUCCCGGUAGUGCAGGAAAGGGAGGAAAAGCGGACAGCGAGUGGGACGGCAUUGUGGGCUUCUUCCACCCCUUCUGCAAUGCGGGAGGAGGCGGCGAACGAGUCCUCUGGGCAGCCAUUCGAGCACACCAGAAACGCUGGCCAAAGGCUGUCUGUAUAGUCUAUACCGGAGACCACGAUGUCGACAAAAGUGCCAUACUCAAGCGCGUCAAGGAUCGCUUCAACAUCCAGCUACACCCACCGACCAUUCACUUCCUCUACCUCACAACCCGCGAUUGGGUCCUCGCAAGCAGAUGGCCGCGCUUCACUCUUCUCGGACAGUCUCUUGGUUCCCUGGUGCUCGCAUACGAUGCUUUUACGCUCCUCGUCCCAGACAUAUUCAUAGAUACUAUGGGCUAUGCUUUUGCACUCGGCCUAUCCUCGUUCCUCUUCCCAACCGUACCAACAGGCGCAUACGUUCACUAUCCCACCAUAUCGACCGAUAUGUUAGACUCUUUGCAAGAAGGAGGUCAGGGAAUCAACGCGGGAACGGGGGCUGGAUAUCGCGGCAUGGCAAAGAAAAAGUACUGGCAACUGUUCGCACAGCUUUACAGCAAAGUGGGUAGCACCAUCGAUGUGGUAAUGACAAACUCUACCUGGACGCAGAGCCAUAUCAAAUCGCUUUGGGAACCAUAUCGUAUCAAGCGCAGCAAGGCUAUCGACAUUGACGUCGUCUUUCCACCCGUUGCUGUUGAGGAUGUCAUGGAAGCCGUCCAAGUCUCAGCAUCUAGCGAAAAGAACCGCGGCCCUUAUUUACUUUACAUUGCGCAGUUCCGACCCGAGAAGAACCACCGACUCAUCCUCGAAGCUUUUGCCUCUUUUAUAAAUUCCAAGCCUAAACUCCCAGCGUAUCCCAACAAGUCCCCCAAGCUCGUCCUGAUAGGCUCGGUGCGGAACUCCCACGACGACGCCAAACGUGUUUACGAGCUGCGUCUCUUGGCACACGAGUUGCAUAUCAAGGACAAUGUCGAAUUCAUAUGCGAUGCACCAUGGCCGCUCAUGCUCGACUGGAUGCGCAAGGCCAGCGUAGGCGUAAACGCAAUGUGGAACGAACAUUUCGGCAUUGGCGUUGUCGAGUACCAAGCCGCAGGAAUGAUAUCUGUCGUCAACAACUCCGGAGGACCCAAGUUAGACAUCGUAGUCGAGGUAGAUGGAAAGCCCACUGGUUUCCACGCAACAACCGCACAGGAAUACGCAGAAGGCUUCCGAAAGGCACUUACUCUGUCACCGGAAGAAACGCUAGCUAUGAGACAACGAGCUCGCAAGUCUUCUGAGCGCUUCACAGACAAGGGGUUCGCGGAUAAAUGGUUGCAAAAUGCGGAGAAGUUGGUGGCAUUGCAGAUUCAACGUGCGUCCCACUGA